AUGUCCAUUAAACUGUCAGUCCUUGCCGACCAGAAAACGAAAACCGUGUACAAAUCUUAUGCAGAAAUCGAUGCGGCACCAGAGGAAAAGCGGCGUGGUAUUACCAUAAAUGCAGCCGUUGUUGACUACACUACUGAAGGUCGUCACUACGCUCACACUGACUGUCCUGGUCAUGCCGAUUACAUUAAGAAUAUGAUUACCGGCGCCAAUCAAAUGGAGUGCGCGAUUAUAGUCGUUGCUGCUACGGAUGGCACUAUGCCCCAAACCCGCGAGCACCUUCUUCUUGCCAAACAAAUUGGCAUCCAAAAUAUUGUCGUCUUCAUCAACAAGGCUGAUGCUGCCGAUGCAGAGAUGCUGGAAUUAGUAGAACUGGAGAUACGUGACACUCUUAAACAGUACGGUUAUGAUGGAGACAAAGUGCCUGUUGUUGCGGGGUCUGCACUGUAUGCUCUUGAAGACAAGAAUCCCGAGAUUGGACGUGACAAAAUAGUCGAGCUUCUAAAGGUCAUUGAUAGUGUGCCUAUGCCAAAGCGCGAUCUUGACAAACCAUUCCUUCUUCCUGUCGAGCAAGUGUUUUCAAUUACUGGACGUGGCACUGUCGCAACGGGCCGAAUCGAACGUGGAAAGAUAAAAUUGCAGGACCCGGUAGAAAUUAUCGGCUACGACAAAAGCCUUAAGUCAACCGUAACGGGCAUCGAAAUGUUCAAGCAAAUGAUGGAAGUUGGUGAAGCCGGUGAUCAGGUUGGUAUCCUCCUGCGAGGUGUGAAGCGGGACGACAUCCGCCGUGGAAUGGCUGUGUGUGCCCCCAAAACGGGAGCGAUUCACAACUUCGUCGAAGCGCAGAUCUAUAUGCUUUCCAAAAAAGAGGGCGGUCGUGCUAAGCCCUUCACCAACAACUUCCAACUGCAAAUCUUCAGCAAGUCCUGGGACUGCCCUGCGUUUCUUAUGUUAAAGGAAGGCCAAGAGCUGAUAAUGCCCGGAGAAGAUGCCGGAAUCAGCCUACACCUCCAAAAGAAAGUAGUAAGUUUACUCCCUCCAAAGAAUUUUCUCGCGCAGUUUAUCUGA